AUGCCUCCUCGCCAGUCAUCUCGGCUCAAGAAGGCCAUUGCGGAUACUGCCGCCAAUGUCAGCGCCCCUACUAACCGGACAUCAAAAGCCAAGGCUACGAAGUCUAAAGCCACCGAAGAAGACAUUAAGGACGAGUCAACUGCUGUUAUCGAGGAGCCCAAGUCCUCUAAGAAGCGAAAGGCAGAUAAGAUCGAAGACGAGGAAGAGGACCAGGUCGAGGACGAGCCCGUCGCCGAGAAACCUAAAGCCGGAAAGAAGCUCAAGACUGCUACCAAGACAAAGACUGAAGACCUAAUGGCUCUCGCCAAGCGCACUAUAAUCGAUACCCUUAAGAAGUCUAUGUACAUUGGCGCACACGUCAGUAGCGCAGGAGGCGUACAUAACUCCAUCAACAACGCCGCCCACAUCGGCGCCAAUGCCUUUGCUCUAUUCCUCAAGUCCCAGCGCAAAUGGGCCAACCCUCCCAUAGCGCCCGAAGCUCUCGGUAGCUUCCAAUCCUUGUCAAAGCAGCACAAGUUUGAAGUCCACAAGCAUUGUCUUCCGCACGGCUCAUAUCUCGUGAAUCUUGCCCAGGCAAAAGAGGAGAAGGCCGACCAGGCGUAUAGUUCGUUUCUGGAUGAUCUGAAACGCUGCGAGUCGCUUGGCAUCAAGCUGUAUAACUUCCAUCCGGGGAAUACCAAUGGCAAUUCGAGAUCUGAGGCUAUCGGUAGGAUUGCGACGCAGCUGAACAAGGCACAUAAGGCGACGAGCACCGUUAUAACUGUGUUGGAGAAUAUGGCUGGACAGGGCAACGUCAUCGGUUGCAAGUUCGAAGACCUGCGAGAUAUUAUUGAGCUUGUAGAGGAUAAGAGUCGUGUUGGAUGCCACGCCUUCGCCGCAGGCUACGACCUCCGCGCACCGGAAGCCUUCGAAGAUACCAUGUCCAAAUUCAACAGCAUCGUCGGCGCCGAAUACCUCAAAGCCUUCCACAUCAACGACUCCAAAGCACCCUUCGACUCCCACCGCGACCUACACGCCAACAUCGGCACCGGCUUCCUCGGUCUGCGCGCCUUCCACAACGUCAUGAACCACGACGCCUUCCAGGGCAUGCCCAUGGUCCUCGAGACCCCUAUCGACCGCAAGGGCCCCGACGGCAAGACCGUCGAGGACAAGCAGAUCUGGGCCGACGAGAUCAAGCUGCUCGAAAGCCUCAUCGGCAUGGACCCCGAGAGCGACGAGUUCAAGGCUCUCGACAAGCGACUCCAAGCCAAGGGCGCUAGUGAGCGUAGCAAGAUCCAGGAUCAGGUCGAUCGCAAGAGCGUCAAGGAUACGAAAAAGGCUGUUCUCUCCGCUAGGCGCAAGGGGAAAGCCUCAGCUGAGGAGGAGGAUUCUACAUAAAGCACCAAGUGGUUUGUCUCAAUUAUACUAGGUUUAGGGUCUGAACACUCUUUGUAAAGGACAUUAUUGUAUUGAUCUGGAAAACUGCAAGGCGCAUUGGGUAUGUAAUGUAGGUAAGCAUGUAAAACAAGUAAUUCUACGCGCACGCAACGCAACGCGGUGGUGUGAGAGUACCUAAGGUAGGCAGGCAGUUUUAGUUCAAUAAGAACCGAACCAAUUCUAUCCGCUGCCAUUUCGUAUCGUAUAAAGUCAUAAAGGGGGAAUAUAGCCGCUCGCCCGCCCUUCCCAUCCGCGCUUCGGAAACGGAGACGGAAUCGGAAUUCUAUCCAGUAACGCCCUGGUGAUGAUGAUGAUGAUGAUGAUGAUGAUGAUGAUGCAA